AUGAAGGCCGCGCCGCUCAUCAUCAAUUGGCAUGACCAAAACGCCCCGGUCUACUCUGCCCAUUUCGAGCCCGCCGGCAAGGGCCGCUUGGCCACUGCUGGUGGUGACAACCACGUUCGCAUCUGGAAAGUCGACACGGACGGCCCGGACCGUAAGGUUGAAUACCUCUCGACCCUCUCCAAGCAUAACCAGGCCGUCAACGUCGUCCGAUGGGCCCCAAAAGGCGAGGUCCUUGCCUCUGCCGGCGACGACGGCAAUGUGAUCCUCUGGGUCCCCAGCGAGCUUCCACCGACCGGCUUCGGCGCCGAUGCCCAAGAUGACAAGGAGUCAUGGAGGGCCAAGCACAUGUGUCGUUCGAGCGGAGCCGAAAUAUACGAUUUGGCCUGGUCUCCAGAUGCUGCCCAUUUUAUCAUCGGUAGCAUGGACAACAUUGCCCGUAUAUACAAUGCAAACACAGGCUCUCUCGUCCGGCAAAUCGCCGAACACAGCCAUUACGUCCAGGGCGUCACUUGGGAUCCCCUAAACGAGUACAUCGCGACACAAUCCUCCGAUCGAUCCGUCCACAUCUACUCCCUCAAGACAAAGGAUGGCCAGUACACCCUCAGUCAAGACGACAAGCCCCCGAGGCUGGCGAGCCAUAUUAAAGCAGAUCUGCCUCCUCGACGCAUCUCGUCGAGCAGCCCUGCGCCCCCAGACUUUGGUCACCGGUCCCAGCUGUCCGUCGUCGACUCUAGCACGUCGAUAGGCUCGCCCGUGCCGUCUGCGCCGGGCACGCCAACCUCGUUUGCCGUACCCAUGAACCCGCCGAGCGUUGUCAGCCACAGCCGCCGCUCGUCCUUCUCUUCCAGACGAUCUGUCUCGCCAGCUCCUUCCAUGCCACUGCCGGCCGUCAUGCCCAUGGAGGCGUCUCCAAAACCGCACUCGGUGGCUGCGAGUCUGGGCCUGAGCGUCAAGAACGCCAGCCUCUACGCAAAUGAAACCCUGACGUCCUUCUUCCGCCGACUCACCUUUACGCCAGACGGCAGUCUGCUGCUGACGCCGUCUGGACAGUAUCAGACGCAACACCAGAACGACAAGGACGCGAAGCCGACCUACGAAGUCAUCAACACCGUGUACAUCUACACACGCGGCGGCAUCAACAAGCCGCCUAUUGCACACCUUCCCGGCCACAAGAAGCCUUCUGUGGUCGUCAAGUGCUCACCUAUCUUUUACACCCUUCGCCAGUCCCCGCCCUCCACGAAACACAUCACUAUCGACACGUCAUCGUCCGAAGAGCCGCUUCCUUCACUGCCAGAUCCUGUGGCGAAGCCGUCACCAGCAACCUCCGUGAUGGACCCCCCGCCACCGCCGAGCACGGCCGCCUCAGACACCACCAGUGGAUCAAAGUCUGGCAACGUCGAGACGGACGCAUCUACUCCAGGCCCCAAGCCAGCAUUCUCCCUGGCGUACCGCAUGGUGUAUGCGGUCGCCACACAAGAUGCUGUCCUAUUGUAUGAUACGCAGCAAAAGACGCCCAUAUGCGUCGUGAGCAAUCUGCACUGCGCGACGUUCACUGACCUGGCCUGGGCGAGUGACGGCCUGACGCUGGUAAUCUCAUCCUCAGAUGGGUUCUGCUCCACAUUAUCAUUUGCCCCUGGCGAACUGGGAGAUGUGCAGCUCAGCGAAUCCCGCGUCAAGCCAAAAUACCCCGGUGCCGACUCCGACAACCAGCUUUGCUCCUCCAUCACCCUUCCACAAUGGCACACAUCACCAUCACCGAAACUCAGCAAGCUCGUUUACAGCCCCGUCGCCUCCCCCAUCGGCGGCGGCGGUCUCACAGCGGCCCUCUUCCCCCACCAGGUCGAACUCGACAUCUUCUGUUGCCACGCAAUCUUCCUCGGUGCCGACUGGCGUUGUGGGGUCCCUAUGACCACACCGCCGGAAACACCGCGACAGGCGGGAAGCACCACCGCUGGCAUUAAGCGAGAUGCCAGCGAGAGCGAGAAGGAGGACACAAAGGAACCAAAGAAGAGACGUAUCGCGCCCACGCCUGUCGACACAAAGCCAGCGUCCUCGUGA